AUGGCGACGUCCACCGAGCAGUUGGGACCACUGGAGGCUCCACGUCGGCUGCUGGUCGUCCAUCUAUCUGCAUAUCUCCAAAGAGUAAACAAUCACAACAAAGUAGCCGGUGGGACGAGUGGUCGGCCGGUGGGACGAGUGGUCGGCCGGUGGGACGAGUGGUCGGCCGGUGGGACGAGUGGUCGGCCGGUGGGACGAGUGGUCGGCCGGUGGGACGAGUGGUCGGCCGGUGGGACGAGUGGUCGGCCGGUGGGACGAGUGGUCGGCCGGUGGGACGAGUGGUCGGCCGGUGGGACGAGUGGUCGGCCGGUGGGACGAGUGGUCGGCCGGUGGGACGAGUGGUCGGCCGGUGGGACGAGUGGUCGGCCGGUGGGACGAGUGGUCCGCCGGUGGGACGAGUGGUCCGCCGGUGGGACGAGUGGUCCGCCGGUGGGACGAGUGGUCCGCCGGUGGGACGAGUGGUCCGCCGGUGGGACAAGGAGUCCGCCGGUGGGACAAGGAGUCCGCCAGUGGGACAAGGAGUCCGCCGGUGGGACAAGGAGUCCGCCGGUGGGACGAGUGGCACACCAUGCCUGGACCUGUGACAAAAAGCAAACUAGCCGAGUAAAUAAAAUCAAAGUGCAGCUGGUAUGUGGCUUUGCUCUUGUCCUCAGCUUCCCCUACGGCCGAAUGCGGAGGGCUCUUCAGGCAACACAGAUCCAAGUGUACGAGCGCAUAGAGGCAGAAGAUAAACUGUGGCAAGGUUUUCCCUUUCUGGACCUGGAUUUGCCACCUCUGCCUGGAAAGAAAAAGGAAUAUUGACACAAUAAUUCCAUUUAAGUUUACUGUUUUUAUUUUUAACUGUAGACUGGAAGCAGAUGUUUGCUGGUGGACAGGCAGAGCUGCUAAAAUGUUCAUACUCUCCAGGGUGGACACCUGCACACAAGACAAACAAGGAGACUCAUCGCUGCUAUUGAGCACAUUUUAUUUGUGCAUCAAAUCUGAAAUUGGAGGCAGUCUAGAAUAACCCGUGCUUGGUUUAGAGGGCUUUUACCUUUGGCCAGCAGGUGGUAGAUUUUCCAACUGCAUUCUUACUGGAAAGUUCUCUGCAGGAAGAGGGAGGCAUAAAAAGAAGCAGACUGGAAGCAGAAGUUCGCUGGUGCACAGGCAGAGUUCCUGAAAUGUUGUAAAAAUUCUCCAGGAUGGAUACCUACACACAACACAAACCAGUCAAGCUGCCAUUUGGAACAUUUUGUUUGUGUGUCACUUCUGAAAAUGAAGACAACCUUGAGGUACCGCUCUGCAUGGUUUUGGGGUGUUUUAUCUUUGGCCAGCAGGUGGCAAAUGUUCCAACUGCAUCCUUACUGGGGAGUGCUCUGCAGGAAGAGGGAGGCAUAAAAAAAAUAAAGCGGGUAAGUUCUUUUAAACAAUGCCAAGUUUAUAGUUACCUGGACAAGAGGUUGUUGAUGAUACAGAAACUAGGUCCUUUGGUCCCACCUGGUGGACAAAAGGAGGAAGAACAUGCUGAAAUGUUUGACAUGUGUCAAACGUUUGGACAUGUGCGUUUUUCACCAGUGAUGAAUGGAGAGAAGCACCAGACGUCUCUCCAACAGCUCGCUGGUCUGAAAGACACGGUAACGUUACAACCAUUCUGCUUUUACAUUUUCAGCCUAACAAGCAAAUUGAGCAAGAGUAGACCUGCAAGUGUUCCAUGAAGCCAUGCGAGGAUUGUAAGGUGGCCAUUUUGGACCCUGCAGAAAAGAGAAAAAGAACAAAUGUUUGCUUUAGUCAAUUUGACAAGAUGCCUUGCUAAUUAAAAUAUUUUUGCCAUUUUGCAGUCAA